AUGACCCUUACAAUCCUCAUAAUCACCUCACAUCCUCGCAAUCACCCCAACAAUCACCCCACACUCCGACAACCCACACUCCUCACAAUCCCCCCACACUCCUCACAAUCACCCCACACUCCACACAAUCACCCCACACCUCACAAUCCCCCACACUCCUCACAAUCACCCCACCUCACAAUCACCCCACUCUCCUCACAAUCACCCCACACUCCUCACAAUCACCACACUCACAAUCACCCCACACCUUACAAUCACCCAUACCCCUCACAAUCACCCCACACUCCCAAAUUUCCCCCACACUCCUCACAAUCCCUUCACAACCCACACAAUCACCCCACACUCCUCACAAUCCCCCACACUCCUCACAAUCACCCACACUCCUCACAAUCACCCCUACACUCCUCACAACCCCCCCACACUCCUCACAAUCACCCCCACAUCCUCACAACCCCACACUCCUCACAAUCCCCCACACUCCUCACAAUCCCCCACACUCCUCACAACCCCCACACUCCUCACAAUCACCUCAUUCCCCCCACACUCCACACAAUCACCUCACAAACAACCACUCCACCGAGACAAGAAAAAGGACCGUGUUUUUGA